GUGUUUGUGUUGUUUUUCAUUGGAAUGAAAUUUAGUUGAAACAUUUUCCAUAACUUGGUCGAUACACAUACAACACAACUCCACCUUUUUUCCGCGGAACGAGUGAGAGAAAAAAAAACCUCACUGGAAGAGAACACCAAAUUCAUUGGGCUUAGCAAAGUGGCAGCGUUUUAAUGUGAACACAAAAAAAAAUUUGUUCCCUUUAAAGUGCUAUCAAAAUCUGUGAUUCAAUCAAACCAAUAAACUAAUUUUAAAGAAAAAUAAAACAUACAAACCGAACUUAACACACUAAAAAGCAAAUAAAUUCGUUGAAUAUUAUAAUUUAAAACAGAGACGCAAUCGAUUACAACAUAUAAAAACACACACACAACAAAAAACAGAAAUGCCUUCAGCAGCACCUCCACAAGCCGAAGUGGCUGGACCGCCACGAACAGAGCACGAAGAAUUGCAAAUUAGAGCAAAUCAAGUUACAGAUGAUUCAUUGGAGAGUACUCGGCGAAUGUUGGCUCUUUGCGAAGAGGGCAAAGAAGCUGGAAUCCGUACAUUGGUUGCACUCGACGAUCAAGGAGAGCAAUUGGAACGAAUCGAAGAAAAUAUGGACAAGAUUCGAGCCGACAUGAUGGAUGCUGAAAAAGCACUCAGCGGCAUGGAAAAAUGUUGCGGAAUUUGCGUUUUACCAUGGAAAAAAAAUAAUGCAUUCAAAGAGGACGAGGGCGCAUGGAAAGGUGAAGGUGAUGGCAAAGUGGUUAAUGAUCAACCACAACGUGUCAUGAUGGACGGCCAACAGAUGAUGGCAUCCGGUUACAUUGGAAAGAUCACAAACGAUGCACGCGAAGACGAGAUGGAAGAGAAUAUGGGUCAAGUCAACACAAUGAUUGGAAACUUGCGGAAUAUGGCAAUCGAUAUGGGUUCUGAGCUCAAUAACCAGAAUCGCAUGAUUGACAGAAUCAACGCAAAGGGCGAAUCCAACGAAACAAGGAUAGCGAUGGCAAACGAGCGAGCUCAUCAGCUUCUCAAAUAAAUUUGUCUUUAUCUCACCACAUACAUACAACCCAACCUCCACCUCCCCUCCUCAACGAAAGCAAGACAACAACCAAAACCAUACAAAAGAAGAAGCAGACGCAGAAGCAGAACAGACGAUACCAUCAUUAUGCCAAUUCUUUGCGAAGAAAGAAGAAGGAGAAUCACAGUAUCUAUACAAAAUUAUGCAUUAAGUUUGAUGAAAAUGAUCGUAGAGGUGAACAUAGGCGAGCCGUACUCUUGUACAGAAGAAAAAUCACUUUAUUCGUUUUAUCAACAAGAAACAAAAAACAAUUUUGAGAGAAAAAUUAUGUUGGUUAUUGAGUCUUUAACAGACAAAAAAGUGCAUUAAUACUUAAUUUUUUUUUCGCUCUCCCCAAACAUACUACCAAAUGCCGUUUGGUUGCAUUGUUUUGUUUCUUUCUUUUGUAUUGAACAAACUUGGAGUGAUUUGGUUGCUGAUAUUGGAUUUGCCAUUGAAAAGAUAGAAAAGUGUAUGAGAUGGUUCUAAAAUAUUUUUUAACUCCCUUCAGAAUUACACACCGAUAUUAUGUUUAAGUUUCCAAAGUUCAAUUACAUUGAGUAAAAGAAGAAUAAAAGAGAGAAAUGAGAGAAAAGGAACACUAUCACACCAAAUGAAAACAACAACAACAAAAAUACUAGCGUAGCAUUCAGAGUAACCAUUUCAUGGUUGCUGUAAUCGAGAAAAACAAAAA